ACGCCUAUGAGUUGACAUUGCAUUUCGUCACGACUGCCACUACUGCCAGUUAAAUAUGUCACAUUUCGGAAUUAACUGAGCUGUUGGGCUUCUUCGUUUAGAUUUUAAAUAAUUUUUUGUUCUUAAAUAUUUAUUUUUUAAUCAGUUCAGUGUGCAAGUAAUGGAUGAUAACGAAUUUAACUCUAGAGUUGAAAGACGCAUCAGGGAAGUGAAGAAAAAGGCACGACCAGAGUUAAACACCAACGAGUUGUGGUCUCAACAAAACUAUGCCGACUGUUUCGAGAGAUUUCAUAACUUUUCGGACAAUUGUCCUAGAAUUGACCAAACCCGAUAUACAGAAGCCCAGUUUAUUAGUGAAUAUGAAGCCCCAAACAAGCCGGUAGUAUUAUCUGGAAGCCAGAUCGGAUGGAAAGCUACCUGCAAGUGGACCCUUGAGAAACUGGCCAAAAAAUAUCGAAACCAAAAAUUUAAAUGUGGCGAAGACAAUGAAGGUUAUAGCGUCAAGAUGAAAAUGAAGUACUAUAUUGAUUAUAUGCUCAAAACAGAUGAUGAUAGCCCUUUAUAUAUUUUUGAUAGCAAUUUUGGCGAACAUCGCCGAAGAAGAAAACUUUUAGAAGACUAUGAAGUGCCCUUAUAUUUUCGAGAUGAUUUAUUUAAGUACUCAGGUGAAGGUCGUAGACCGCCAUAUAGAUGGUUUGUAAUGGGGCCCGCCAGGUCUGGAACCGGGAUCCAUAUUGACCCUCUGGGAACAAGUGCCUGGAAUGCUUUGGUAGUAGGUCAUAAGAGGUGGUGUUUAUUUCCCACUCAUACUCCGAAGGAGCUGCUGAAAGUAACGGGUCCGCAAGGAGGAAAACAGAGAGACGAGGCUAUCACAUGGUUCAGUAUUAUUUAUCCAAAAACAAAAGAACCAACUUGGCCUGAAGACUGCAAACCGAUCGAAAUUUUGCAAAAGCCUGGAGAGACUGUUUUUGUUCCUGGCGGGUGGUGGCAUGUGGUACUUAAUCUGGAUACUACAAUAGCAGUUACUCAAAACUUUUGCAGCAGAACAAACUUCGCUGUGGUAUGGCAUAAAACAGCAAGAGGGCGGCCAAAACUAUCGAAAAAGUGGUUAAAACAAUUGCGCGUACAUGAACCAGAGUUGGCUGCGAUUGCUGAUCAAAUUAACUUAGAGCAACCUUCAGGUGUGGCAUCUGAUAGCUCCAGCGAUUCAUCAAGUUCAAGUUCAGAUUCUGAUGACAGCGACACCAAUUCCAAUGAAGAUAGUGGACAAGAAUCUUUAAGUGGAAAGAAAAGGCGCAGAAAAUCUGACAACGACUCUGAACGAAAUCGGAAAGUUGCCCGUGUAGAGAUUCACAGCACUACCAAUGGGCAAGCAACAAAUCCGACAGCUUCCAUGCCUGCUACUGAUCUUGUAGGCAAAGAAAGUUUGAACACAACCUUUCAAGAGUAAAAGGUUCUGUUCAAUUUAGUAAAAUUUUAUUUGAGUUUAUUAUUGUUCUAUGUAUGCUUUUAUAUAUUUCCACUUAAACUAAUUGAAAAGAAGCUAUUUUUUCAAGAUUUUUCUCUAGGUGAUAAUGUAGAAUAUGAAAUUGGGAAACAUAUGAAGGCAUACCCCCAUACUUUUAUUAUGUGAAUUAACUAGUCUUCUUUGACCAAAAAUAGAGUGAAGAAUUGUUUAACGUUGGAAGUUUCAAAAUACCUGUUAUCUUCACAUCUACAGGGUGCAAGAAAGACUUCAUUCCUCAAGGAAAGACAAUAUUUUUAUUUAGUUUCGCAUAUUUGAAUAGAAUCAGUAUUAUGACGGAAUGUAUGGUGGAUGCGAAUUAAAUAGACAUAUGUCUUUACUAAACAUU